AUGGCACGUAAAGCAUUGUUGAGCGUCAAUACUGGAACCGACAAUUUUUUGCUCAAUGACUAUUUACCAGCGCUUUCGGAAUUCGGUCAUGUGGAACCUCACCCUGGUCUACCUAGAGAGAGAACAGUUUUUAAUGCCCCAAAAAAGUCUCACGAAACGGUACACGUCUACGACGCCAUCGACCCCAAGAAAAUGGCAAUCUUUAACCCGAGGCUGCGUCGAGAUGAUAGACGCCACGACAAGCGAGUCGACCUAAACAUUUCUGAGGAGGAGGAUGCGAAGCCGGUUCCGUCAAGAGUUUCAUCAGAUAUUGGACAUUACUUGAAGAGACAAUGCGAUCCACAAGACAGAUCUCACGUCCACAUUCAACUGGUGGAAAAUCAGUUCUUCCGACGCAAUGGGGUCGAUUUCAAGAACCUCAUGGUGGAUCAGGAUCACUAG